UCCAAUAAACGACCACAAGGUGGUUGCACAUGAGUGCUGGAUCCUUGUUCACCCAACACUCAUCUUCCCCACUAAAUUAAUUUCUCCAUUGUUUCCUCCCUCCGAUCAUUCAGGAAAACUAAAACAAGAUGACGAAAACAGCCAUUCUCAUCCACUGCUUCUCCUUCUUCCUCCUCCUCCUCCUCCUCUCCAUUUCUCCGUCAACAUCCUCAGCCCCAUCUCAACCGUCCGAUCGUCCCCAAACCUUCAUCAUCCACGUGUCCAAAUCCCACAAGCCUGCCGCCUUCUCCUCCCACCAACAAUGGUACUCCUCCAUCCUUCGCUCCCUCUCCUCCCCCCACCCCACCAAACUCCUAUACACCUACUCCACCGCCGCCCACGGCUUCUCCGCCCGCCUCACCGCCUCCCAAGCCGCCGACCUCCGCCGCCGACCCUCCAUCCUCUCCGUCCUCCCCGACCGAAUCCGCCACGUCCACACCACUCGCACCCCCCACUUCCUCGGCCUCGCGGACUCCUUCGGCCUCUGGCCUAACUCCGAUUACGCCGACGACGUCAUCAUCGGAGUUUUAGAUACCGGGAUCUGGCCCGACCGCCAGAGCUUCUCCGAUAAAGGACUCUCUCCGGUUCCCUCCGGUUGGAAAGGCAAGUGCGACACCGGCCCGGACUUCCCUGCCACGUCGUGUAACCGUAAAAUCAUCGGCGCCAGGGCCUACUAUCAAGGGUACGAAGCCGCGAUUGAAAACCUAAUGCACGAUGCGGCUUCCAAUUUUACUUGUGGAGGCGAGCAUAAGCUGGACCGAACACCUGAGUUAUUGAAAAACCUAAAAGAUGAUUAUAAAUCCCCGAGAGAUACGGAAGGGCACGGGACGCACACGGCGUCUACGGCAGCCGGAUCCGUCGUGUCAAACGCAAGUUUUUUCGAUUACGCGAGAGGCGAGGCGAGGGGAAUGGCGAUCAAGGCGAGGAUCGCCGUGUACAAGAUCUGUUGGAGCUCGGGCUGCUUUGAAUCGGACAUACUCGCGGCGAUGGACCAGUCGGUUUUGGACGGCGUCCACGUCAUCUCCCUCUCCGUCGGAGCGUCCGGUAAGGCGCCGCAGUACGAUCGCGACUCCAUCGCGAUAGGAGCGUUCGGAGCCGCGAGACAUGGUGUUCUCGUGUCCUGCUCCGCAGGGAAUUCCGGUCCCAAUCCGUACACUGCCGUUAAUAUCGCUCCGUGGAUUCUCACCGUUGGUGCUUCCACGAUUGAUAGGGAGUUUCCGGCUGACGUCACUCUCGGCGACGGUAGAGUCUACGGCGGCGUAUCGCUCUAUUCAGGCGAUAAACUUGGCGAUUCGAAGCUUCCAUUGAUUUACGCAGCCGAUUGUGGUGACAGGUAUUGUUAUUCAGGAAAGCUUGACUCGUCAAAAGCAGCGGGGAAAAUUGUUGUCUGCGAUCGUGGAGGCAACGCGAGAGUAGCGAAAGGUAGUGCCGUCAAAAUUGCUGGCGGAGCCGGCAUGAUAAUGGCAAACACGGCGGAGAGCGGCGAAGAACUCGUUGCUGAUUCGCAUUUGAUCCCUGCCACUAUGGUUGGCCAGAUCGCCGGCGAUAAGAUCAAAGACUACGUCAAAUCGGAUCCGUCACCAACGGCGACGAUUGUGUUCAAAGGAACGGUAUACGGAACUUCACCACCUGCACCACGUGUCGCCGCCUUCUCCAGCCGUGGGCCGAGCCAUCUGACCGCGGAAAUUCUCAAACCAGACGUCAUAGCUCCAGGUGUCAACAUCUUGGCCGGUUGGACCGGAUAUACUAGUCCAACCGACUUGGACAUUGACCCAAGAAGAGUUGAUUUCAACAUCAUCUCGGGCACCUCAAUGUCUUGCCCGCAUGUGAGUGGAUUAGCUGCGUUGCUGCGUAAAGCCUACCCGGAGUGGACCCCAGCUGCUAUAAAAUCCGCCCUGAUGACCACUGCUUACAAUUUGGAUAACAAUGGCCGAAAUUUUACUGAUCUCGCCACCGGAGGCAUAUCCACACCGUUUAUUCACGGAGCAGGACACGUGGAUCCCAACAAAGCGCUCGAUCCAGGUCUAGUCUACGACAUACAUGAGAGUGAUUACGUGGCGUUCCUAUGCACCAUUGGAUACAACGCGAAGAGGAUUGCCAUCUUCGUGAAGGAUCAUCCUGUGGAUUGCGGCGCACUAGGGCUGGGUAGUCCAGGUGAUCUGAACUACCCAUCGUUUUCGGUCGUGUUUGAUUCGAGCAAGAGUAUGGUUAAGUACAAGAGGACGGUGAAGAACGUUGGGAGUUCAAUGGACGCGGUGUACCAUGUUAAAGUGAGCGCGCCACCGGCAGUUGGGAUUGAUGUUUCGCCUAAGAAGCUUGUUUUUAGUGAGGGAACUCAAACGCUGUCUUACGAGAUUACGUUUACAAGUGCGGUGGCAUUGGGUGAGUUUGGUGUUGCUUCACAGGGAUUUGGAUCAAUCGAGUGGACCGAUGGGACCCAUAAAGUUAUGAGCCCAAUUGCUGUUAUGUGGCAGCAGGGUCCGUCAGUUGUGUCUAUGUGAGAUGCGGCCCAAUGGACUAAGGAAGCUGGGCCUUGCCCAAGGCCCAUGCUUGGAUGCUCUGUUCAUAUGCCAUCCAGCAUGAAAAAUAUUUAAGUUUUUUUUUUUUUUAAAUUUUUUUUUCCUUUAUUUUUAUCCCCGGUGUAUUUGCAAAUUGUUUUUUACCGCUGUAUUUGCAAAUUAAGAUAUCUGUUUGUACAAAUGAAAAUAGAGAGUAUUUCUCUGGUAAUUUUAAUUUUUCUGCUUAACUAA